CGCCCCCUUGCUAACUCCUUUGUCCCCGCAAAAUCCUGCCAAACGCAGACCUAGCUGACCCCAGACUCACUCUGAAGUUAGAGAUCUAACUGACCCCACCCCGGGGGCGCGGUGGCUGGGUGGGGGCCCUGACGGCGGGCCUCUGACCCCCGCCCUUCGCCCCCAGCGCCAUGGGGGAGUGGGCCUUCCUCAGCUCGCUCCUGGACGCCGUGCAGCUGCAGUCGCCGCUGGUGGGCCGCCUGUGGCUGGUGGUCAUGCUGAUCUUCCGCAUCCUGGUGCUGGCCACGGUGGGCGGCGCGGUGUUCGAGGACGAGCAGGAGGAGUUCGUGUGCAACACGCUGCAGCCCGGCUGUCGCCAGACCUGCUACGACCGCGCCUUCCCGGUGUCCCACUACCGCUUCUGGCUCUUCCACAUCCUGCUCCUCUCCGCGCCGCCCGUGCUGUUCGUCAUCUACUCCAUGCACCAGGCGAGCAAGGAGCCGGGAGUCCUCAGGCGGAGGUUGGAGUCAGAGGCCGGUCCCCGCCGCCGCAGCCCUUACCGCAGGGGCAAGAAGUGGCUUCUGCAGGAGACACGCGGGGGAGUGGCCCGCGGGCCAGCCUUCCGUCGCACGUGCUUCGUGCGCCCAGCCCGCGGGGACGCAGAGUGGACUGAGGCAGGUCCAGAUGCCUUGAGCCCGGCGGAAAGGAAGGCAGUCGGGGAGGGCGGGGGCUGA